GCCGAGGGCAUUUUCAAGUGUUUCUUCCCCUCGAAGCCUGCUGGUGUCGCUACCACAUCUCCACCUGAAGAGGACAUUGACACUUCGCAGAAAAACCUUCCCCUGCCAAAGCGCCAGGCGCCCAGUCACACUAUUCCUGUGCUUGAUGAGACUGAAAUUUCUGAGCUUGCUAAGCGUUUCGCAGAUGCUAUCCCAGAGAACAAGCUAAGCGUUGCCGCGCUUCAAGGUUACUUGUUAAAGAAUAAGGUUCGCCCGCGCGAAUGUGUCGAUGAAGUUGCACAGAUCAUUGAAGAACGCGAGACUUGGGAGAAGCUCAAGAAGGAGAAGGCAGAAGGUACGCGUGGUACAAUAUCUGUGUGA